GGCCCAUGGGAAAAAAUCCCAAAAUACACUAGUUAUUAAAGAAAUUUUCCAAAAUACAGUAGUUAUGAAAAUAUUUCCCAAAAUACAGCUGUUUGAGCAUUAUCGUCAUCGACUAAGACAGUGAUGACAUUCACCGUCGUCCUCAAUGACAGUGAAAAUUAUCAUCGUUGCAAAGAAAAACGGUGAAGGUAUCACUGUCUUAGAGAAAAGCGGUGAACCUAUCACCGCAUAGGAGAAAGACGGGGAACAUAUAACCGGCUACGUGUACAACGGUGAAAUGUCGGAUCUGGAAAGAAAACCAGAAUCCGUGUUUCACUGCAUCGGACGGCUAUGGUGAUAGGGUGGGGGACGCGGAUCGCUGACGUGGACGUGCGGGGUAUUCACUCUUAUAGGGUAAAGCAGGGAAUUCACUGCGUUCCACGUCAGCAACCUCGUCACUCGCGCCCUUCACCGUACCAUCUGAUGCGGUGAGGUGCGAAUUCUAGGUUUAUUCCCAGAUCCGACACCUCAAAGGGAGCCACGUCAACGAUCCUCAUCAUUCACCGUCUUUGUGAAAAUCGGUCUCUUCACCAUUUUCAACGAGAGAGGUGAAUGCUCUGUGUAGAAAUUCCAGUGCCUCCUCCCUAUAAAUGCCACUCCUUUCCCCUCAUUCCAAACCACACCACCACUUUUAUACUUCUUUCUCCCUCCAUUACUUCACUCUAGUCUCGUUCUAAGUAUGCUCUAUGGUUGCUGCUAAGUCAGAUCUUCCACAUCAUAAAGAAUUACUAGAGUUUUUUUUUUUUUUCAAUCCUUCGCUCUAAAUUUCCGUCAAUACUCUCUCCACCUUUUCAGAAAAAAAAAUGCACGAAGAGGCUCUGAGAGUAUGUAAUUAUUUUUUUCUUUUGUGAUAUUUUUUUAAAUGGGUUUGAAAUAAUCUGAUUUCAUUUCACAUUUGUUUACAGAUGGGUGCUGAGAUAUAUGACCCUCGAUUGUAUAUCGAUCCUUGCCCAAGGGAACGAAGAUAUUUAAGCGAGCAAGAACAACAUUGCUCCCGUGCAAUUUGGGACAAUAAUCCGUUAGACACUCCGUACCGUAUAAAUUUGUAAAUUAUUACAUAGUUUAAAAAAAAUAAUUUUGCUUUUAUACUCACAACAUUGUAUUUUUUGUUCUGUUUUUUAUUAUGUAGGAAUCACUUAUUCCCAUCAAUCAUCGUGGGACAACACGAAUACCUUUUUGGCAUCCUCGACUGGAGCCCUAUCUAGAGAGGACGGGAUUGCACAUGCUGAGGCACUUCAUGAGGCUUGAUUUCGACAACAAUCUGCUGACGGCAAUGGCAGAGCGACGGCUCCCCAAGUUGCAUACCUUCCAAUUUCUCGAGUGGGAAAUGACGAUCACCCUCAGAGACGUUACCAUCCUCACCGGGCUGCCGGUCACUGGAGUGGCCAUCAUCGGCAACUCGAGUAAACCCGAAGGUGGCUGGGGGCCGUUGAUUCUUGAUCCUUUGGGAUUCGACAUGCUGACCACAACGCCCGUCCAAGGGGUUGGGCAUCCACCACUCAAUACGGGGCAAGUAUCGAUCCCAUGGCUUGUUGAACACAUCCAAUUGGAGGUUAAUUUAGGGCCAGACACCCCCGAAGAUCAGGUGGAGCGAUAUGCACGUGUCUACCUUAUUGGGUUGGUUGGUGGAUUGUUGUUCCCCGACAAGGCAAACCGGUGAAUACAAGGCAUGUGGUUGUCGCUGCUCCUCGGUGACUAGGACGAGAUCGAGAGAAAGAGUUGGGGGUUGGCCAUAUUGGCUGGGAUCUACCGAGAGCUGUGCACUUGCUCGAGGUUGGGAGUGAAACAAGAUGGAGGUGCGAUGUAUAUACUCCAACUCUGGGCAUGGUAGCAUCUUCCAAUGUUCGCACCCCGAGACCUGUGGGCAUUCUGGGGUCCAAAUGAGGAGCUACGCGAUCUAGCAAAUUCCCCCUAUGGCAUCAAGUAAGUUUCAUUUACAUGCUAAUUUUAUUCCAAGUGUUCAAUUUUAGUAAAUUUAGAUACAUUCC